AUUAAAUCCUAUUAUUUAGCUAUAAAUAAAUAUAAAAAUGACUGAGUCUCAUAUAACAAAACUAAAAAAAUUAUGUCGAAUAUGCGGAGAAAAACUUGGAAAUCGUAGUGUUCUUUUAACAAAGCAUGUAGUUAGAAUAGAAUUGAAUUUUUUUAUACGAAUCGACGAGGAUGACCCAAAGAUGCACCCACAGAAGAUGUGUUACAGAUGCUUUACAAUAAUGAGAAACAUAGAAAAAGGUUCAAAUACUGAUCUUAAAUUAAGAACUUGGAUUAGCAAUUGCCAGAAAGAUGAAUGUAUUUGUUUCAAAGUAAAUAAAGGAAGGAAACCAAAGAAAACUGUAAAAGGAAGGCCCUUAAGUAUUGUAAAUGAAGAAAUUUGGACUCGACAAGCAAUAAAUAACAUACAAGCUAAACUUUCAUCUCUACCAAAUUUAAAUCUGAAACUACAAGACAUUAACCAAAAAUUAAACCCACAUGUACAUCUUUGUGUCUGUUAUAUUUGUAAUGGUAUUAUGUAUAAACCAGUUAUUUUAAAAAACUGUCUGCAUUCGUUUUGUGCACCAUGUAUAUUACCACUAAUCAAUGGUAAACUAUUAUUUAAAACAAAAUGCCCUAAAUGCUCCUUUUCAAUUUCAAUUGAUGGAAUAACCUCCUCUAGCAAUGUUAUUGAAAUGAUAAAUAAUAUUCAAGAAGAAUGUAAGCAACAUUGCGGUAGAUUAUUUAAAGUGUCACAACAAUCAGAACGCUUCAACCAUCAAAAUAAUUGUCAGACUCCAAUACCAAUUUCCACAACCUUGUCAACACCCUCAUCACAAACAACUCUAACAGAUAUAUUUGCAUUAAAUUCAACAAGUGUUAUCACAAGGGAUAUUGAUGCUGUUGCACUUCAUAUUAUUAAACAAAAAAUGUUGCAAACAACAUCCAAUGUAAUAGAAUUUCAGACAGAUGGACCAAGGCCUUUAUGCUUCACAUCAACACCAAAAGCCUAUAAAGAAAGUAAAGAUGCAACUUUACGAACAGUUCGCAAACGACAAUCACAGUUAAACGAUUACAUAAGCACAACAUGUGGUGGAAGCAUUAGGUCCAAAAUCAACCAAACCACUACUCUUUUGAAAUCAUUCAAUGAAAAUGAACAAGAAAUUAUUCUAAGUAACUCAAAUAUUUCAAAAACCAAAAUAUCAGCUGAAGAAAUAAUAAGUUUAAAAGCUAACAUGAGCAGUACUUAUGCCAACAUGAAAAUAUUAUCUAGGUGGUUGAAAACCAAGAACAUCAUUUGUGCUUCAAACGCACAACAAAGAAGCCUGGCUAAGAAAUGGUCAUGUGAUGAUCUUAUUAUUGAAAAAGCUCCAUUUAUGGUUGAAAAAAAGGAGUCCAAAGGUUCUUUUGAAAUAAAAGAAUUGCCAUGUGCUUAUAUUAACAAUCUGCAUGGAAAUAUAAUAAAUGUGCUAGAUAAUUUAGAAAGGUAAUAA